AUGUCUCCCAAAGCUCCUGUGAAUAUCAUUCUCGGUACGCACACUAUUGGCGAUGCUACCCAGCAGCCCGGGAUCGUGCACUUUGAUAGCGAAGAAGACGUUCAGGCCCUUCUGCAAGCAUUCCACAAUCGCGGUUACAGGCACAUUGACACAGCCCGUAACUAUCCUGGUUCUGAGAAACGACUUGGCCAAGCCGGGGCUCCCUCUCGAUUUACCAUUCAUACCAAAGUUCAAAGUGGCCAGCCUGGGGAUCAUGAAUCUUUGAAGGUUGAUCUGAGUAUUCGACGGUCCCUUGAGGAUCUCCGGACUUCAACUGUAGAAACGGUGUUUCUGCAUGUACCUGAUCGUAAAACGCCAUUUGAGGAUCCAACAAAGGCAAUGAAUGACGCUAUCCAAAAAGGCAAAUUUAAGAAGUUCGGACUUUCGAACUAUUCUGCCGCGGAAGUACAGAGAUUCAUUGAGAUAAGCGAGCACAACGGUUAUGCCAAACCCAGCGUAUAUGAGGGCCACUACAAUGCGAUUGUUAGAGGAGGCGAGAAAGAAUUAUUUCCACUCUUGCGUCAGCAUAACAUCGCCUUUUAUGCCUACAGUCCUGCAGCGGGUGGUCUUUUUUCCAGCAAUGCUGGCACCGGAGCACGGUGGAGUGAAGAUAAUAUGAUCGGGAAACUGUAUAGUACCGUUUACGGUCAUCCUUCCGUUCAUGCCGCAGUAGCUAAAGUCCGGGAUGCUGCUGAGAAGCAUAACAUCAGCGGACAUGCAGCUGCGCUCAGAUGGACAGCGUUUCACAGUGUUUUGGAUGGAAUGUAUGGUGACGCGCUGAUCUUUGGAGUUUCGAAGAUCGAGCAGCUCCACAAGACUCUCGAUGCUCUUGAAGCUGGGCCGCUUCCGGCUGACCUAGCUGAAGCUAUCACCGCCAUCUAUACCACGUUCGAGGGAUUAGAACCUCCUUACUAUAUAGGGCCGGCGGAAUACCUCGGGUCGUCUAGUGUCGAACAAUGA